AUGACGCCAGAGCCGCGGUACGACUAUGGCACCGUCGUCGCGGCUCUCUCGCGGACGGUGGUGUUCAAGCAGAACCGCCACCCCCGGUACCCCGCGGGCCCGGUGGCGUUGAAAGUGACGGCGGGCCCCUCGCCGUUGCUGCCGGCCACUUGCCAGCAGGACACUUCGCCCGCUGCUGGUCCUGCCGGCGAUGGAGCCACACACCCCACGCUGCACGAGGCGAGGAUCUAUGCCCGUGUGUGCCCGCACCCGUCCAUUCCCGCCUUUGUGGAGUGUGUCGAGGAUUCAUUCGAUACCUCGCGUUUUCGCGCGGAGGAGCGGCAGUGCGGGGUGCAGCGUCUGCCUGUCCUCGUCACACAAUUCGUCAAGGCUGCCUCCGUCGAUCGCUUCUUUCAUACUUUCCGUGUCCUUCGAUGGUCCGUGGCAGUGCGGGUCGCACACCAGGUUGCCAGUGUCUUGCGGCACGUGCACAGCAAGGGUGUGGUGUACGGCGAUCUCAAACUGCCGAACGUCCUCCUCGGGGGCAAGGGUGAUGUAUGGCUUGUGGACUUCGCCAGUGCCACGGUAGUGCACUGCGGUGCGGAUGGCGCUGAACGCCGAGGCGGCAGGGUUAGCCGGGAAGAGCUGGCGCGGGGCAUUACUCCGCACCUGCGCGCGCCAGAGCUUCUCCCCACCACGCCGGCGGCGGGGCCGGAGGCGUCGCUGCCGCAUCCCUUCAUGGUGGACUUUUGGGCCUUUGGCGCCUUCAUUCUCGAAAUUCUAACCGGGCGCCCUUUUCUGGGCUCUUUCGCGGAGUGCAGUGGCACCUACACGCAGGACGAACUGCAGACGAAGGUGUUGGAGGGAUGCUCACUUGCGAAGCGGCGCUACGGCGGCGCGGGCGGUCCCCGCCACCCUCCUGGUGUGUGGGAUGCCCUCAGGGACCUGCUCACGGGGCUGCUGCGACGCAGCCCGGAACAGCGGCUCGGUUUUGGGGGUGGUUGGGGUGAGAUUCUGCGGCACCGCUUCUUCGAGGCUGUCGAGCCGGACCUGCGCGAGCCUUUCCCUGAGGAGUACGCCGAAGAAAACGACGAGCUCACGCUGGGGACUGUGAGGGUGGGGAGGGGGGAAGGAAGGGAGAGAGAGGUUCAGCUAUUUCCUUUGUCCACCGUCGCUGCGGGGACACACAUGCACUUGAAGCGAGUGGCGAGCGCAUUGCUUUGA